AUGGAAGACUCGGAACAUGUUCUGAAGGCCGACUACUCCACGGACAGCUCUGCUCCACUACCAGAAUAUGGCGUCGCAGAGCACCACAACCGCCCUUGGUCAGCACGGGUGGUAGACAGCUUCAGACGCGAUCCGAAUGCCCACGCGACACCCAAGGGCGCCGUUGGAGCAGACGGCAGAAUCUACGAUGUCGAAAGUGCCGCAGCGGCGACAGCAAACUCCCCUCUUCAACGAUCUCUCAAAGGUCGCCAUCUACAGAUGAUCGCCAUUGGAGGCUCCAUUGGUACCGGUCUGUUUGUCGGUAGCGGCAGCGCUUUGGCGCAUGGUGGCCCAGCCUCAGUCUUGCUUGCCUGGCUCAUCGUUGGCAUCAUGAUGUACUGCACUGUCCAUGCUCUGGGCGAAAUGGCAGUGCUCUUCCCCGUUGCUGGCUCAUUCUCUGCGUACUCGACUCGCUUCUUAGACCCAGCAUGGGGCUUCGCGAUGGGUUGGAACUACGCCAUGCAAUGGCUAGUCGUGCUACCCUUGGAAAUCGUCUCUGCAACCAUCACCAUCAAUUUCUGGAACAGCAACAUCAAUAAUGACGCUUUCGUGGCCAUCUUCUUGGUGCUGAUCAUCACCAUCAAUUUGUUCGGCGUGAAAGGCUACGGCGAAGCAGAAUUCGUCUUUGCCAUUAUCAAAGUCAUUGCCAUCAUAGGCUUUAUUAUACUCGGCAUCAUCAUCAACAUUGGUGGCGGUCCGGGAGGUACGUAUGUAGGCGGCAGAUACUGGCGUGACCCUGGUGCUUUCAACAACGGCUUCAAAGGACUUUGCUCCACAUUUGUUACGGCUGCCUUCUCCUUCGCUGGCACUGAGCUUGUAGGACUUGCCGCUGCAGAGACCGCUAAUCCGAGAAAGUCUUUACCGACAGCAAUCAAGCAAGUGUUCUGGAGAAUUACCAUGUUUUACAUUGUCUCCCUGCUACUGGUGGGCCUACUGGUCCCGUACACAAACGGACAGCUGUUGAACGGGAGCAGCAGUGUGGAUGCCAAAGCCUCGCCAUUCGUGAUAGCUAUCAGCGACGCAGGGAUCGCCGGCCUGCCUUCCGUCAUCAACGUGGUCAUCAUGAUCGCGGUGUUGUCCGUUGGUAACUCGUCGAUCUACGGUAGCUCGCGCACACUCGCGGCACUUGCAGAACAGAACCAAGCGCCCAAGAUUCUUGCUUACAUUGAUCGCAAAGGCCGACCAAUAGUGGCUAUUGGCUUGGCUUCUGCUCUCGGCUUCCUUGCCUUCUUCGCCGGCUCGAACAAGUGGAAUGAUGCCUUCAACUGGAUGUUGGCGCUCUCCGGUCUCUCUUCCAUCUUCACAUGGGGCUCGAUCUGCCUGGCACACAUCCGCUUCCGACAUGGUUGGAAGAAGCAAGGCCAUACACUUGACGAACUUGCAUUCCGGAGCCAACCUGGCGUUUGGGGCUCAUGGCUCGGCCUCACUAUCAACAUCAUCAUCCUACCUGCUCAGUUCUGGACUGGCGCAUGGCCGAUCCACUACGGGGAGCUAGGCGUGGCAGGCCAAGUGAAUUCGUUCUUCCAGGCUUACCUCGCUGCUCCGAUCGUUGUCUUGAGUUAUGUCGUGUACAAGAUAUGGCGGAAGACGCCAAUCAUUCGUUCGCAUAACAUGGACCUGCAUACUGGCAUUCGUGAUCUGAACGUGGCAGAACUGAUAGCGGAAGAGAGGAUGGACAGAGCUGCGUGGCCAAGGUGGAAAAAGGUCUACAAAUUCCUCUGCUGA